UUCCCAUCGGGCCUUGCGGCGGCGCGGGCCGCGGGCAUGAGGUAAAGGCGGGAGGGGCGGGGGCGCGCGGCAGGAAGCGCGGCGGCGGCGAGCGGAGCGCAGCGAGCCCGGGCCCAUGGCGGACACCAAGGAAACACAUGAGGAGCACGAUACUUCUACUGAAAAUGCAGAUGAUUCUAACCAUGAUCCUCAGUUUGAGCCUAUAGUUUCCCUUCCUGAGCAAGAAAUAAAAACUCUGGAAGAGGAUGAGGAAGAGCUCUUUAAGAUGCGAGCAAAACUUUUCCGAUUUGCGUCUGAGAAUGACCUACCAGAAUGGAAAGAACGAGGAACUGGUGAUGUAAAACUCCUGAAACACAAGGAGAAGGGAACAAUUCGCCUCCUCAUGAGGAGGGAUAAAACCCUAAAAAUCUGUGCAAACCAUUACAUCACACCCUUAAUGGAGCUGAAGCCUAAUGCUGGAAGCGACAGGGCAUGGGUCUGGAACACACAUGCUGACUUUGCAGAUGAAAGCCCCAAGCCUGAACUUCUGGCAAUCCGUUUUUUAAAUGCGGAAAAUGCGCAGAAAUUCAAGGCCAAGUUUGAAGAAUGCAGGAAUGAAGUAGACAAGAGAGCAAAGAAAGCAGGCACAGACAAAAAUGAUAGCGCUGACAAAGUUGCUGAAAAACUAGAAGAGCUUUCUGUAAAGGAAGAGAGCAAAGAAGCUGAGAAGAAAGAGACCAAGGAAAAAAAUGAAGAAAAGCAAUAAAUCAUCCUGGGCCUUGCAGUUUUUCCUUUAUAAUUUUUUUCUUCCUUUUUUCUUUUUUUUUAAUUUUUAUUUUUACAAGGGACUUUAUAAGGAACUGAAUUCAAUGUUCAGGUUAUUUUUUCUAAGCUUUUGCCCUUUUGAAGAUGUCUUCAGAAAAUCCAUUCCCCAGUCAUGAAAAUGUACUGUGCUAACUUUCUUUUCCAUAGUGGAAACACUUAUUUAUGGUCAUCCAAAAGAGUGAAUAAAACAAACUUGAAACAGCA